AUGGAUGAUCCAGGUGAUCCUGUGACUGCCCCUCUCGCCGCGUGUGUGCCCCUCCUUCCCUUCCAUGCCCCUCUCUCCCUCCCAUGCUCUUCUCUCCCCUCUAUGCCCCUCUCUCCCCUCCAUGCCCCUCCCUCCCCUCCAUACGCCUCACUUUCGCCCAUGCCCCUCUCUCCUCCCAUGCCCCUCUCUCCCCUCCCUCACCCCGCGUUCCCCUCCCACUCCCCUCGUUCCCUCUGUGCAGCCUCCUUGGGACAGAGCAGUGGGCGAUGCAUACAUGAUUCACUACACCUAUGGCUAGCAGUAGGCGAUGCAUACAUGAUUCACCACACCUAUGGCUGUGACUAUGACCCCAAUGCCCCUCUCCCCUCCCACUCCAUCUCAUUGCCCUACACCUAUCUCAUUACCCUCUCCCAUGCCAUGCCUCCCUCCAUGCAGCCUCCCUGGGACAGAUCAGUAGGCGACGCAUACAUGAUUCACUACACCUAUGGCUGUGACUACGACCUCGAUGGAAACCACCUGCCAGGCAAGGUGGGGCCAUGGCACUUUGACAAGAGAGACCACCAGACAGCCAUUCCUCGCAACAUCUCCUACCCACCCGCCGGCUCUGCUCCCUCUGUGUUUGAGCUUAUCCGCCGGUUAAACGAUGCGACGUGGUCGCUCAAGUGGGUUGCCGGGGCAGCGUGA